AUGACCGCAGGCUCCGUAUCUGCCAACCUGCACCAACGCCGUGCGCCCGCCGUACGCGAGGCAUCCACCUCGAGCGCAGACGAGGACCGCAAGAUCUCUGGCAGCAACGGUGCCGCUCCUGCCUCGUCGUCCCGUCCCACACGUCCUUCGCUCGCCGUCAACACCGACCGCAGCUCGGACGGCGACAAGAAGCACAAACGCGGUCACAUUCAGAAGCACGAAAAGAUCGAGCGCAUCGGUCUCCUUCGCGGCUCCUCCUACGUCAAAUCGACCGACAAGGACUCUGUCGCCGAACACGAGCUCACCACCUCGAUAGGUCUGCAAGACGAUGCCGUAUACGACGCAUAUCUUCCGCGACCAAUAGCCUUCCUUAGACGCAUCAUCGUUGCGAUAUUGAGAAAGGAAGCUCCCAUUCACGAGCGUCAUCAGAACUGGAUUCGAAGACCCUGGCUCGACAGAUACUUUGUCAACACGUCGCUGCUGGGCACGCACUCCUUCUUCUUGGUCUUUCUGCCGAUGGUGUUCUGGUUGGGCAGCCCACGAUUCGGGAGGGGACUCAUCAAUGUGCUCGCUUUUGGCGUCUACAUCUCGUCGGCGAUCAAGGACCUCUUUUGCAUUCCGCGACCCUACUCGCCGCCCGUCACGCGUCUCACUGUAGGCACGCAUCAUCUCGAAUACGGCUUCCCUUCGACGCACUCGACCAACAGCGUUAGUAUCGCCCUCUACAUCUACCUCUGGGUGCGCAAGAUGCGGGAAGCCGCUCAGCUGGAUAGCACGGGCUCGGCACUCUUCGACUCGUGGCUCUGGGAAGCCGGUCUGCUGUUCUACGCAACCAGCGUCGUGUACGGACGAAUCUAUGCAGGCAUGCAUUCCAUCAUCGACUGCAUUGCGGGAUCAGCACUCGGCGCGGCCAUCACAGCGGUCCAAUGGGGUUUCUUCGACCAGAUUGAGCAGUUUGUCAAGAUCAACUCUUGGACCGUGCCCAUCGCCAUCAUCCCUGCAGGUCUGCUCAUGGUGUCGGUGCACCCGCAGCCAGUCGACGACUGUCCCUGCUUCGAAGACGCCAUUGCAUUCAUCUCGGUGGCCAUGGGGGUCGCGCUAGCGAGAUGGACCGGCAUCCGAUACGGGAUGGUGCUCAACACCGAUCCGCUCUUCCAUCCUUUUUCGAAGCUCGUUGAUCCGCUUGCCGGAUAUCAGGCUGCCAAUAUCACGGUGCCGACAACACCGUUGAUUCAGAUCCCCGUAGCAGGUGCAGCAGAGAGGUGGAUCAAGCGAGGACUGGUCAUGGUCAUCGGGCUGGUCAACGUGCUUCUUUUGCGAGUCAUUGUCAAGACAGCGUGCAAAGUCAUCCUUCCACCCACAUUCCGUCUUGUCGACGAGCUGAUCGGCUUCAGUCUGCCACGACGACACUACACGCCUGCGAGCGAUUACAAGAAGAUCCCGCUGGCCGACCUCAGCGCUGUCCCCUCAGUCCUCGACCUGCCAUCGCAGAUCAUCGUCACGGAUGAGAGUGGCAAUCAGCAGACCAUCCAGUCGCCGGUGUGGUCCCCCACUUCGAGUCGACGCGGCAGUGCCGAUCCCCGGUAUGGUCUCAACGGCUCUUUCAGUCCGCUCUCCACCUCGUCCCCUCUUCUGGGGCGGUCACCUAUGCAUUCGCCCGUCCCGUCCCGCACCCCUAGUCCGAACCCCAUCGAGAUGCGUCGCGCGCUGUCACCGGCCGGUCGCAAGCCGAAGAGCAAGAUCCAGUUCACCAUCGGAACCUCCGCCGGCGACGACGAGGACUCGACCGACUCCCCCGUACAACAGGACCUUCCCAUCCCACUGACACAGUCUAGAGCACAUCCCAACUUCAUCCCGCCCGACGAGCAGCUAGCGAGGAACUUGGCAGCAGACGUCAAGGGUACCACACCAAAAGAGGUCGAGAAGGAGGUCAAGCACUACGAUGCGGAUGUGCUGACCAAGGUCAUUGUGUACACGAACAUUGGGUUGUUCAGUGCGGGCUUCAUUCCGGCGCUCUUCCAGCAUCUCGGGCUGUGUUGA